ACCCAGACAACAUCCAUGAUUAUCAUACAAGCGUCACGUCGUGAUUAUCACGAGUUUAACUCAACUGAGGUCCUGAUGAGCUCACGUGUGAGAAAUAAAAAUCAUCUCGUGAUUUUUGCUGAGAUCCGUUACAUUACAAUAUGCAUUUGAAUUUUCGCGCAUGCGCGAUUUGAUGAGAUGAGCUGGUUUAUUUAGAAAAUGGUGCUUGUUCUGUGUUACUUAUAAUUUGUGGUUGCUAAUACGAAGAUAAAUUGUGAAUUUACCGAUUAUUUUUAACGAUUCAGUAAGAGUACCUAAAUAUGUCUAAUGAGGACAAGGAAGUUGGAGAAAACAAAAGAAAAAGAAAAGAAAUGCCAAAAACUAAAUUCGGACGAGUACCUUAUAAAAAUCCUAAAUACAUGACGACAUCGUCGGAUGAAUCCGGUCCAAAAUCCCCAAAACUUUGUAACAAGGGAAAAUCAAGCAUUAUUGAAGAAUGGACACGACUGAGAGAACUUGCAGAGCAUACAAAAAAAAGAAGCGAAACUUCAAAUUCAAACAUGGAAAAGUUGAAUUUAAAAGAAUGCAUCCAAAAACCAAAAGUAGUUAAUGCUUCGGAAGUUAUUCCCCAGGCUAAAAUUGAUGCUGAAAUUUUCUGCCCUCCAAGAGUAGAUAUGGAAAAUGAAAUACAGACUUUGUUGACAACAGUUAUGGAUACAAAUGAAAGAGUAAAGAAUCUCGAACAGCAAAACAUUGUUUUACAGGAGGCAGUCAGUGACAAUUCAAAAAAGAUAGUGUCUCUUGAAAGAGCUUUAAACAAAAAAAAUACAAUGAGAUCAAUUUUAAGGGUUCAGGGUUAUCCCAUAAAAACCCUUGAACAAUUUUAUAUAAUGGAAAACCCCGAAAAUGAGGAGGCGAGAAUAAAAAUGGGAAAACGUUUAUUAACCCUUGGGGCAAUAACCAUGCGGGAAUUUGCAAGUAUGGCGAUAAAAGAGACUGUGAGUGAUGAAGUCAUCACCAAAUUUACCUGGGAAGGAAAUCAAAACAUGAAGAAAUUUGACAACACACAACUCAGCACUCUCAUAUUUGAUUCUGCAAAAGAAUGCGAGAUGUUCGAAGGCCCUAGUUGCAUCGCCGAAUUCAAAACUCAUAUCUCUGAGGUUUUCAGGGCAACGAAACAACGAUUCAAAAAAUCAAAAAAGGCCCUUCAUUCCAAAAACUCUGAAGAAGAAAAUGAGGAACAGAGGAUGGAGGAUAUCCUCCGUCUAUUAGAAAAAUAAAAAAUAGUUCUGCCAAACUGCAUCCCUUGAAAGUGAUAUAUUCAGAAUCAUUUUCAUCAAAUAUAGUUUCACAGUGAUAUGACAAGUAUUUAUUUUAAUAUUUUUAAGUUUUUUAAUUUUUUUAGAGUUUUUUUUAUUUUUAUAAGAAAUUAUUUUAAGUAUUUAUUUUAAUAUUAAUAUUCACAGUGAUAUGACAAGUAUUUAUUUUAAUAUUUUUAAGUUUUUUAAUUUUUUGAGAGUUUUUUUUUAUUUUUAUAAGAGAUUAUUUUAAGUAUUUAUUUUAAUAUUAAUAUUCACAGUGAUAUGACAAGUACCUAUUUAUUUUAAUAUUUUUAAGUUUUUUAAUUUUUUGAGAGUUUUUUUUUAUUUUUAUAAGAGAUUAUUUUAAGUAUUUAUUUUAAUAUUAAUAUUCACAGUGAUAUGACAAGUAUUUAUUUUAAUAUUUUUAAGUUUUUUAAUUUUUUGAGAGUUUUUUUUUAUUUUUAUAAGAGAUUAUUUUAAGUAUUUAUUUUAAUAUUUUUAAUUUUUUGAGAGUUUUUUUUAUAUUGUUAUAAAAGAUUAUUUUAAAUGUUUAUUAGAAAAAUUUAUUUAGUUUUAUAUUUUAGAUUAAUAUACAUAUACAUAAAC